UACAGAGACGGACGAACGAGACGAAAAAUAAUAAAUAAUAAUUGACGUUUCAGGUUCAUUAAUUUUUGAUUUUAAUAAGUUUUGUACAAAUUGCAAUAUUCGUAAAUUAGUCUAUUCAGAAAUGAGUUGCUUGAGUGAUUUGUCUCGAUCUAGUGAAUAUUUGAGUUUUAGAAGCAGUAUCCCACUACGUAAAAUUGUUGUUGACUCAGAUGGGUCCAAGGCAUGGAGAAUAUUCGACAGUGGUCCAAAGUCUGUAAGUUGUCCUUUAGUAUGUCUGCCACCAGUGUCAGGUACUGCAGACAUUUUCUUCAAGCAAAUAAUGGGCCUCACAACAAGAGGGGUCAGAGUCAUAGCAGCUGAGCCUCCUCCGUAUUGGAACCUGAAAGAGUGGUGUGAUGGCUUCAAAAGACUGAUUGACUACUUGGAAUUGGACAGGAUUCAUAUUUUUGGAGCUUCUUUGGGUGGCUUUAUAGCACAGAAGUUCACAGAAUCUACAAUAAACUGUCCUCGUGUUGCUUCGCUAGUGUUGUGCAACACGUUUACUGAUACUACAGUGUUUGAGUACAACGACUCCUCGGCACUCUUCUGGCUCCUUCCCUCGCUAGUGUUGAAGAGAAUGUUGAUGGGCAACUUCACAACGGACAAAGUGGACCAAAGAAUGGCAGAAUCUAUUGAUUUUAUGGUGGAAAGGUUAGAGUCUCUGACCCAAGCAGAACUAGCAUCUCGGUUAACCCUGAACUGCACGCCGUGCUACGUCCAGCCGCAGUCGCUCACGCACUUGCCGAUCACAAUCAUGGACGUUUGGGACGAGAGCGCGCUCAACUCCCGCGUCCGCGAGGACCUCUACAAGUCGUACCCUCAGGCGAAGCUCGCGCAUUUGAAGAGCGGCGGGAACUUCCCCUAUCUCAGUAGAAGCGAUGAGGUCAACCUGCAUUUGUUGAUACAUUUGCGACAGUUCGAUGGAACGGAUCUAUCACCGUCUUACUUGAGUCUUCACAAACUUUCGCCGAACCAGCAGACUGAAGAAGGCACUGUCAGCUACUUCAAUCAGAGGGAUAAGUUCGUCAAAAUAUCGUAAUAUUAAAUAUUUACAGUUCGUGUCACGUAAAAAGACCGAUCACCUUAUACCUGCGUAGUAGGCGAUUCAUAGAUCUACUAGAUGAUGGCUCCAGCUUGCGGUUUUAGGUUUUUAAAAAUCCCGUGGAACUCUGGUUCUACGAGACAAAAACUAUAAAAAGCCUAUGUUCGUCCCAGGGGACAUGCAAGCUAUCUAAGUACUUAGUCAAAAUCGGAUAAACGGAUGGGCUCUGAAAAACUAGCUGACAGACACAGUAAUGAGUGAACAUACAUACAAGAAACCAAAAGCCUAAUUUGCUAUAAUCUGCCAAACCAAAG